AUGCUUUUGCGGAAGUUACUCCUGGAAGACAAGGUUAUAGGCGAGGUAAUGUCUGUCAACCAUACCGAACCAGUUGGCUGGUGGCACUUCACACACAGUCAUGUCAGGGGCAAUUGGCGAAAUGAAUCGGAGUCUGCACCUUCUCUACUUGCCAAAUCGUGCCACGAUAUGGAUAUACUAUACUGGAUUCUGUGUUCUGUGUUCUCCGCAAUCAGGAUCGACAAAUCCAGCACACCUACCAGCCUCAAUUGGCUCUUCUGGUUCGUUGCCCCGGAAACGCAACAAACUGUCUUUCCUGCAACCACGAGGCUUUUUGUCAGUUCUCAGCAAAAAGAAUUUAUGUCGGCCCUCAGAUGGAGGGACAAAAGGAGCACUUUGUCAGGAUUGUACUACCAGAGAUCGAGGACUGUGUUGCGGCUGGCGGCCAAGAAGCCGGCGAAAGGCAUUGUUAGCAAGGCUGCGGAAGACUAUAGCCACGAGAUGCCAGCUUCAGCGAUUAGCAAGAGGAAUUGGUUCGGUCGAUGUGUCAAUGAAGCCGAUAAUGAUGUCUGCGACAAAUCAAACUGUCACCUUGAGUUGGGAUAA